AUGACAACAGUGUUAAAGAAACCAUUGAAAUUGGCACUGAUCCAAUUAGCCUCAGGAGCCGAUAAGACCGCGAAUCUAGCACAUGCGCGUUCCAAAGUAGUAGAGGCAGCGAAAGCUGGCGCUUCUCUCAUCGUCCUUCCUGAAUGUUUUAAUUCUCCCUAUGGCACCCAAUACUUCCCCAAAUAUGCGGAGACCGUUCUCCCGUCUCCUCCAUCUCAGGAGAAAUCCCCGUCAUGGCAUAUGCUAUCAUCAGUUGCCGCAGAGACAAAAACUUAUCUAGUCGGUGGAAGUAUCCCCGAGUUUGUGCCAGAGACCAAACAAUAUUUCAAUACUUCUUUCGUUUUCUCGCCGACUGGGCAGCUUCUAGCCACACAUCGGAAAACACACUUGUUUGAUAUUGAUAUUCCUGGCAAGAUAACGUUUAGAGAAAGCGAAGUCUUGUCUGCCGGAAACAAAGUGACCCUGUUUGACAUGCCAGAGUAUGGUAAGGUUGGCUUGGCAAUAUGUUAUGAUGUACGGUUUCCAGAAUUGGCUAUGAUCGCUGCAAGAAAGGGCGCAUUCUUGAUGGUCUACCCUGGAGCUUUCAACACCACGACGGGCCCUAUGCACUGGACACUACUAACCCGCGCCAGGGCAGUGGAUAAUCAGAUCUACGUGGCUAUGUGCAGCCCUGCAAGAGACAUGGAGGCCACCUAUCAUGCCUAUGGCCAUUCUAUGGUGGUUAACGCAAACGCAGAUAUACUGUGUGAAGCUGAGGAGUCCGAGACCACAAUAUACGCUGAAGUUGACGGCAAAAACAUUGAAGAGACACGGAAAGGUAUUCCGAUAGACACACAGCGAAGGUUCGAUGUCUACCCCGAUGUGAGUGCUGGGAAAGUGAAUUUUGAGGACGAGAGCAACGAGAUCAAAUAG